UAUAAUUCGAAUAAUAUUUUAGACAGAAACAGGGUUCUUCCCUUCACCCUAGGGCCUAGAUCAUAACUCUCUUGCAGAUCCUCAACCAUUCCGAUCCCUCUCCCGCCAUGGAUUCCUCCUCCGAUUCUUCCAACACACAUGAGACUGUUCUAAAGAGACAAAAUAGAGGACCUCCUUUCAAAUUCAUGGUGCCUCUUAUAUAUGCCCCUAUUCUCCCUCUAAUUCGACUUUCACUGAGGAAGAAUCCAGUUCUAAGGGACCGUUUAUUUACUCUGGUUUUGGCUGGGGGUUUUGCUCAUGGCUUCUAUUUGGUAACAGAUUUGUAUGAUAGUGAGAGCAAAUGAAUGAGAGCAAGAAUGGCUGAGAAAUCUCUUUCUCUCGUUUACAACUUUAUUUAUAUGCGGAUCUUAUAUGCAGUCAGAGGUUCAAGCAUCACCUUGGAUGACCGAGGACAUUGUGGGAUGGAGACAACAUUCUUCUCAUUCUUUUUGUUGUAGAAUAGAAACGAUAUCUGCGUUUUGCCACCACAUUUUGGGGGCUCAAGAUUUAAGAACUUCCAUUUUUUCUUUAGUAAGAUAAGGACUUUCACUUUCAGUUUUAACAGGAUAAGUGCCAAAAUGAGUCAUUGAUCCCGGGUUAUUGAUCUGCAGUAUAAGUUAUAACUUAUGGGCAUCUCAUGUUUUGGAUUUUGACCUGGAAUGGCAAAAAAUUUUGAUGUAAAAAAUGGUGCAUAUACCUUAGUAAAAUAGUAUUUCUGUUGCUAA